AUGUUUACAAGUGUUAAAAGUCCAAUGAUAUUAUCAGGAGAUUCAUUUAUUUUUGAAUCUGCUGGUGAUAAGUUUACAGAUCCUCAAGAGCAUGUUUCAUAUGUUGACGAAGUCGUCACGAAACAUGCAGGUGUAGACGAAUUAUCGUCUCACCUUCCUUUGUUUGAUGGGAGCUCUGGAGAAGUGGAAGACUCCAAGACUCCUUUUGCAAUUCACUCGUCGGUGUUGGAUUCGGUAUUCUCCAACACUCUAGAUGACAAGGGAGAGGAUAUCGAUCAGACCCCUAUGUUUGACGAGUUAGAUUUCAUAGUUGAUGGUGCCAGGGCCAACCUGAAAGAGGACUGGGUUUCUCUCUUCGGGGAUGAGUCUCAGAUGAUGUUUGGCGAGACCAGUGAUCCUGUUGUCAAAGAUGAAGAUUUGAGACAUCAGCCUGAAGCCUCUAAGAGACUGUUUGCUCAGUCAAUGGCACCUUCAGUAUUCAUUCCUACAAAGAAGCAGAAGCGCAAUACUGAAUCUCAACAGAAUCAACUUAUUACUCCAGAAACUUCCUCUACUCUUGCAACUCCGCUCAUUGACCUGUCAGAUAUACAGGAAUUGGAAAAGUCUAGUUCUCCCUCGGUUGAUCGUUUAGGUUGUGUGCCUUACUCGAAGAAGCAAAGAUCUCGUCCAUUGGCUCCAGUGCCAAUUGAUGAGAGCGAUCCUGUUGCUUUGAAGCGUGCAAGGAAUACUGUUGCAGCAAGAAGGUCCCGUGCCCGUAAGAUGGAGAGAAUGGGACAAUUAGAGGAAAAGGUUAACAAUUUGAUGAAAGAAAAGUCAGAAAUGGAGAGUGAAAUGUCUAGGUUGAAAGACUUAUUGACUCAAAAUGGUAUCCAAUUUUAA